CACCUCUUUGGACAGAUCCAUUUCUCAACCUCGGCAGCCAACAUGAAGAGAACGAGCAAGCCUCCAGCGGUGUAUGCUUCGGCUGUCUUCGUAUUCAUACUGCUUGCGCUGGUGGUUGUUUUGGGGCCAUUUGAUCUUGGAUUUCUGUCAGGCCAGACUCUGGCUGGUUCGUCCAGAUUUUUUGCAGCCACUCCCGAGAGCCUCGCAGCCAGCAAUCAAUUCACCGUGGAGGAGCUGAGAGGCUUGAAUCAAGUGCUACACGAUGCCAAGUUUGGUGACAACACGAUAAUUCUCACGCAUCUCAACCAGGCCUGGGCAGCAAAUGGCAGCAUGAUCGAGAUGUUCCUUCGCAGCUUUCACGAGGGGAUUGGGACAGAGGAGCUGCUGGAUCAUCUUGUCAUUGUGGCACUCGACGAGCCUUCCUUUCAGCGGUGCGUCCAAGUUCACAAGCACUGUGUUGUUCUCAAGACCGAGGGAGUGGAUUUCUCGGGAGAUCAAAAGAGUUACAUGGCUGAGGACUACUUGAAGAUGAUGUGGAGAAGGAUUCAGCUGCUCAGUGUCGUCCUCGAGCUCGGCUACAGCUUCGUCUUCACAGACACUGACGUGUUGUGGUUUCGCGAUCCAUUCCCUCGUUUCCAUGCGGGUGCCGACUUUGAAAUCGCCUGCGACAGAUUCAAUGGCGCCGAUGCCGACUUGAGCAAUCCAGUGAACGGAGGCUUCCUCCACGUCGUCUCCAACAGCAAGACAAUCUCGCUCUACAAGCUGUGGUACGAAUCCCGUCUCAGGUUUCCGGGCAAGCACGAUCAGCACGUCUUUGACGCGAUCAAACUCAGCCCGGAGUUUGGAGCUCUGGGCUUGAACGUCCGGCUCUUGGGCACGGAGUAUUUCGGCGGGUUCUGCGAGAAAGCAAAGGAUCUGGACGUGGUUUGCACCAUGCACGCCAAUUGCUGCAUCGGCCUGGAGAAGAAGAUGAUGAACCUGGAGCUGGUUGCCGAGGGCUGGAGCUUGUAUAAGCUCAUGACGCCGGAUCAGAGGCAACACUUCCAAAUAUCUUGGAGGGCUCCAGUGAACUGCCCAUGAAUUUUUUUAUC